AUGGAGACAAUGAAUGUCGGCCACAGAGCUUUUGAGCUGAUGAUAUAUUUGGGCGCGGUCAUUUGUGUCACUGUCACUGGAUAUCAAUGUCAUCCACGCCAACAAAUCAUGUACGCCGCGAAAAAUCGUGCACUGCGAGGGUUCGUAUAUGCAAACAAAACUGUGCGAUCUCGUGUCAUCUGCGGACGGGAAUGCAGCAUGGAUGAACGUUGCAAGUCGUUUAACUUUAAUAACUGCAAUCAAAUGUGCGAGUUGAACCUUGCCACAAGACGAGAGCAUCCCGAAGACUUCAAUGCAACUCAAGGGAGUGUGUACUUUGAUGCAGAUGAGAACACACCUCUCUACUCACUGACUGAUAGAUCCUUGGAGCGCUACAGAAGUUGCAAGAUGCUCUUAGAUGCCUGUUUUCGUUCAAGCGGUAUCUACACAGUCUACCCAGAGGGAUUCGGUAAUGGUGGUCUUCGUGUCUACUGUGACAUGGAAACUGACGGCGGAGGAUGGAUCGUGUUUCAGAGGCGUCAAGAUGGCAGCGCGGACUUCAACCGUUACUGGACUGAGUACCAGUCUGGCUUUGGCGAUCUGUCCGGUGAGUUCUGGUUAGGCAACGAUAAUUUGGUAACUCUGACGUCUAGUGAUUCACGUGGAACAUGGGAGCUACGCGUUGAUUUAGAGGACUGGGAGAACAACACGGCAUGGGCAAAGUACUCAGAUUUCCAAAUAUUCCCGGGUGAGUACAAUCUGAUCAUCGGUCAAUACGAUGCCAGCAGCACUGCCGGUGACUCUCUGGGGGUUAGUAGAGGACGUCCCUUCGCAACAAGGGAUCGGGAAAAUGAUGCGUCGGAGUUAAGAAAUUGUGCAAGAUAUUACAAAGGAGGCUGGUGGUUUAAUAAUUGUUAUCUUGCUCACUUGAAUGGUCGACAUUUCCCUUCUGGGUAUGUGCGAUAUGCCAAGGGCGUGCAGUGGCAUACAUGGAAAACGGAGUUUUAUUCUCUGAAAACAUGUAGUAUGAAAAUACGUGAAUAG